AUGGCCUUAUCACUCCUGACUCAUCUUAACAUCCUCAAGGAUAGCAGCGAACGGUUCUCUAAUCGUGCAGUCUUCAAGAUUCCUUCAGAGGAAUCAACAUCUACCGGUAUCCCUCAUUGGGAGACAAUCACAUUCAAGCAAUUCUACGACGACGUGGAAUUAUGUGCAAAAUACUGGGCUCGGGAGCUUGGCUCCAAAGUACCUUCAAAUUCAGUCGUAGGGAUGUGGAUCGGGGGAUUCACAUACUCUGAUGUACUGCACAUAUACGCGGUUUCAAGGGCGGGAUAUAUACCCCAGCUUUUCAGUCUUCGUUUGCCUAACCCAGUUGUCAUUUACGAAUUACUCGCAAAGGCGAACGCGUCGGCUCUUAUCUGCGAUUCAUUAACAUCCGGUUUUAUUGAUGGCAAUUGCCCAAUUCCCGUUUUACAUACGCCAGUAUUCACCGACAUCUACUUCGCUCUAUCCUCAGAACCUGCCCCAUUGUUUCCUGCAUGCGGGCCUUCUGACUGUGCAUUUAUCUUCCACACCAGUGGCUCUACUUCUGGAAGCCCGAAACUGGUGCCCUGCAAUUAUCGGUGGCUAGACGCAGUAGCACGAAAGGCUAGCCAGACAGCCGUACCUCGGGAUUCUAAUCGACAGGAUGUUAGUACCUGGCUUGGAAGCAUGUGUCACAUAGGUCAGACAACUCUGCUUAUCUCUUUGAUGCAGUAUGGAACAUGCAUCAUACAACCAAAGCGAAUUCCCUGUGCAACAGAAGAGCUCAUCGAGAUGAUCAAAUUCGGAAACCUCAAUCGUCUGUGGCAGUUCGCCACCUUCUUCUCCAUACAUCUCAAAGCCGCAAGGAAAGAUCCUGAACUGCUUUCAUUGCUCGUCAGUCUCGAAGAGGUAACGACUUGUGGUAUGGCACUAUCUCAAGAAGAUGAGGCAUUUGCGUAUCAAUCGGGAAUAAAAUUGAAGAAUAUAUUUGGGAGCACAGAAUGUGGAGGGACAACACUUGUGUCAAUCGGAGGCAACGAUCCCACUACCCGCCAUCAUCUUCGCCCCCUCCAGGGUCUAUCAUAUGCCUUUGUCCCUAUAGCAUCUACCGCCGAGGAACAUCAGUCAACAGCUCGCCUAUUCGAAUUUAUCGUUUUGUCGGACUCUGGAGACUGCCCAGACGUAUCUCUACGACAAUCUGACGGUCACUUCCACACCGGAGAUUUAUUCCAAGAAGUAGGACUAGGUAGCUACGUGUUUGCUGGCAGGGACGACGAUUGGAUCAAAACCGAGAACAGCCUGAGAUGUGACACAAAAUCUAUCGAAGACAACGCCCGCGCUAUGUGCGGCACACUCAUAUCAGAGUGUAUUGCCGUUGGCACAGGUCGUCCAUCUCCUACUCUCUUUGUCGAAACGAACUCCGAAUUGGAUGAAUCCAAGUUGAAGAGGGAAAUAUUCCGCAAAAUCCGUCAUUUUCAUUCUAGGAGAUAUAUCCACGAAAGCAUCUUGUCUCCGAGGAUGAUUAUCAUAGUCCCCAAAGGCACUCUACCACGAACCGCUUCGAAGGGUAACAUUCGAAGAAAAGCUGUCGAAGAGGCAUAUAAAUGCCGUCUCGAUGAGCUAUACGCUUCUGGAAAUUAA